AUGAAGACCGACUUCAAGUUCUCGAACUUGCUGGGUACCGUCUACUGCCAGGGCAACUUGCUCUUUAGUCCCGAUGGCACCCAUCUGUUCUCACCAGUCGGUAACAGAGUGACCGUCUUUAAUCUAGUAGAAAACAAAUCACACACCCUACCAUUCGCCCAUCGCAAAAACAUUUCACGAAUCGGCCUCACACCCCGCGGCAAUCUCCUCCUCACCGUCGACGAAGAUGGACAAGCCAUAUUAACUAACGUCAUUCGCCGAAUUGCCAUCUACCACUUCUCUUUCCGAUCAAGUGUGACGGCUCUCGCAUUCUCUCCCUCAGGGAGGCACUUUGCAGUCGGGCUGGGGCGCGUGAUCGAAGUUUGGCAUGUCCCUUCAACGCCGGAUACGAAUGCCGGCGGCGAGCUCGAGUUCGCACCAUUCGUUAGACACCAUAGGCAUACAGGUCAUUUCGAUGACGUGCGACAUAUCGAGUGGUCGAGCGACUCGCGAUUCUUUCUCACGGCAUCCAAGGAUCUGACGGCGCGAAUAUGGAGCUUGGAUCAAGAGGAAGGCUUUUCCCCUACUGUUCUGUCAGGUCACAAGCAGACCGUCCUCGGUGCUUGGUUCUCUGAAGACCAGGAAACAAUCUAUACUGUCAGUAAAGACGGUGCUGUGUUUGAAUGGCGCUACGUCAAGCCCAUCAAUUCCAAGGAAGCCGACGAGGUGCACGACGCGGAUGACGAUUCCGAUAUGCGAUGGAGAAUAGUGCAAAAACAUUACUUCAUGCAGGGAAGCGCCCAUAUCAGAUGCGCCGCGUUCCAUCCCCAAUCAAACCUUUUGGUUGCCGGAUUCUCCAACGGGGUCUUUGGGUUGUACGAAAUGCCCGACUUUAAUAAUAUCCACAAACUCAGCAUUUCGCAAAACGACAUUGAUUUUGUCACGAUUAACAAGAGCGGAGAGUGGUUAGCAUUUGGCGCUUCAAAACUAGGGCAGCUGUUGGUGUGGGAAUGGCAAUCAGAGUCGUACAUCCUAAAGCAGCAAGGCCAUUUCGAUGCCAUGAAUUCUCUGGUGUACUCACCUGAUGGACGGCGAAUCAUCACCACUGCAGACGACGGAAAGAUUAAAGUUUGGGACAUUGAAUCCGGGUUUUGCAUUGUGACAUUUACGGAACACAGCAGCGGUGUGACAGCAUGCGAGUUCGCCAAGAAGGGCAAUGUGCUCUUCACGGCCAGUUUGGAUGGAUCUAUUCGAGCAUGGGAUUUGAUUCGAUACCGAAACUUUCGGACAUUCACGGCACCGACGCGACUCUCAUUCUCAUGUAUGGCCGUCGACCCAAGUGGCGAAGUCGUUGCCGCAGGAUCUCUCGACUCCUUCGACGUCCACAUCUGGUCUGUACAAACCGGCCAGCUUCUCGACCAAAUGUCCGGCCACGAAGGACCCGUCUCGGCACUGGUAUUCUCACCCAACGGCGACUCCCUGGUCAGCGGCAGCUGGGAUCGCACUGCGCGAAUCUGGUCCAUCUUUAACCGCACCCAGACGAGCGAGCCUCUCCAGCUACAAGCAGACGUCUUGGACAUUGCCGUACGGCCAGACUCACUACAGCUAGCCAUCUCGACGCUAGACGGACAGUUGACGUUCUGGUCCGUGGCCGACGCUGAGCAGGUUGCUGGCCUGGACGGUCGGCGCGACGCUUCCGGUGGGCGGAAAUUCAGUGACCGCAGAACAGCAGCCAACGUGCAAGGAACCAAGAGCUUCAACUCGAUCAGAUACAGCACCGACGGAAGUUGCCUCCUCGCGGGCGGCAACAGCAAGUACAUUUGUCUCUACUCGGUGACUACGAUGGUGCUUCUCAAGAAGUUUACCGUCAGCGUGAACCUCUCCCUGUCUGGCACGCAGGAGUUCCUCAACAGCAAACGCCUCACAGAGGCAGGGCCCGCGGACGAGCUGGACGACCAGGGCGAGGCAUCGGACCGCGAGGACCGCAUCGACUCCGGCCUCCCUGGCUCAAAACGAGGCGGCGAUCCGUCGGCCCGCAAGAAACUGCCAGCCGUUCGCGUCAAUGGUGUCGCCUUCUCACCGGCCGGAACGGCCUUCUGCGCAGCAUCAACAGAAGGUCUACUCAUCUACAGCCUCGACGACACGGUCCAGUUCGAUCCGUUUGAUCUCAGCAUGGAGAUCACGCCGGCAUCGACAUUAAACGUCCUCGAAUGCGAAAAAGAUUAUCUCAAGGCGCUCGUCAUGGCGUUCCGUCUCAACGAGGCUGGUCUCGUCAAGCGUGUGUUCCAGGCCGUGCCCCCAUCAGACAUAUUCCUCGUAGUAGGUGACUUGCCCACCGUCUACGUAUCAAGGUUAUUGCGGUUCGUGGCCGCGCAGACCGAAGAGUCGCCGCAUAUCGAGUUUUGCCUACUGUGGACAAAGGCACUUGUCGACAAGCACGGCAAGUGGUUGGCGGCAAACAGGGGCAAAGUGGACGUUGAGCUGCGGGCUGUUUCACGCGCAAGUUCCAGGAUGCGGGACGAGAUCAGGACGCUGGCCGAUGAAAAUGUCUACAUGGUGGACUACUUGUUGAGACAGGCUGGGAAGGGGAUGGACGCGGGUCAGGGCACAAAGGUGGUCGAGGGCAGGGGGAGUUUGGCGAUGGAAUUGGCGGGCAGCGAUGAGGGGGACUCUGACGACUCUGACGAGUGGAUUAGAUUAGAAUAG